GGGGGGAAAGGAGAGCUGGAGGUGCUCGGAAUAACCCUCCGCCUCCCCUUUUCCGUUACUCUUUGGGGUGAUGGUGAUGGUGAGGUGCGCCCCUCUGGGAGGGGGAUGAUCCUUUGCUGGCGUGGAGCUCCGCGGAUGAAAGGACUGGAGGGGGGAUGCUCUUCGUGCCGAUAAACUUUGCCGCAGCCAAUCUUCCCUUCUAUCCCCGGGCUUGCUUGGUUUCUGCUUUUGUUUAUUUUUCUUGUUCGAGCGGUGGGGGGCAAACCUGAGCGCGAUGUGGCUGCGCGGUCCUUUUUGGCUAUUUAGAGGUGUUUGUAGUACCUGAGCCCCAACUUUCUAAAGGUGCUGGUGAUGUUGUUUUCAGCUGGUAAUUUUCCCCAGCGCCAGCUCCACCUGAGGGAUAAAGGGUUUAUAAAUUGCACAGAGGACGUGUCACGGUAAUCUGAUUUCUAUUGUGCCGCUUACUGUUGCUCACAGUGACUGUGAAUUUUUUUGUUUACAUGCUCAAGAGUGUGAUGUUAAAUAAAUGCUGGACCUGCGGCUCAUAAAAGUAGUGAGAAGACAUCCACAAGGUGGCACAGCGUAAAGGAGGUUUAAAUGUUGCACUCCGGCUCCUGCCUUUGUAGAUGAACAGGGAUGAGAGUGGUGGGGAAAGUUUAUGUCUCUGAAAUCAAGUGUGCUUCUCCUGUGCUCUCAUGGGACACAGGUGCAGGAGUUGAUCCGGGAUAGGCAGAAACAAACAGGAAUGCGUGUUUUGUAAAACUAAUGCUUUUGUACAAAGUAGCUAAUGGCAGGCUUUUCCUUUGGACCCCUUCCCAGACUACCUCUCUAGACUGUUCUAAUCUGUAAACAGACUUAACAAAUAUAUGAAGUGGCACUGUUGCAGCAUUUCGUGUGAGUAAUGCAGGAAUCGUGGCAUUCUCUGAACCUGCUGGUUAAUAAGCACAGAGAGAAAUUGUGCUGUUAGAUCCCCUGCAAGGUGUUAGGACAGAGUCAUUAAGUUGCUGUGCCUUUCUGAUGCUGAUUCCUGGCUCCCACUGCUUUGGGAGAGCACCAUCUAUUUCUGCUGCUGGACUGCUCUAGGACCAUGGCUUCCCCUUGGAGCCUCUAUCCACCCAAGAUAGAGCUGUUAAAAAUCUUGUCCUGUGGAAGAGUGAAUCAAUCCCCUGCUCAACACACCGAGACCUGUUGGCGCGAAUUCAGCCCUGUUAUGGUGCAGUGCUUUGUAACGCUGCCUUGCUGCAGCUGGCAUGGAUGCUUUUGCACUGUCGGAUCGGGGUGGCUUUGGGAGCCUUAGUAAACAUUCACUGCAGGGACUUCUUUGAUCUACAGCUGUGCUGGGUUACUUUGUCUGUGACUUCAUAUGUGUGUGUGCUGGCUCUUGUGUCUGGCUCUGUGUAAUGCCUUUCCAUCUCAUCCCUCUUCCCUCUGAUUUCAGUCCCAGCACUGCAGUGAGUCUGUGGCUGGUGUGUGUCCUUUUGAGUACAUUCCUUUUAUUUCUGUGGGUGGUUCACAGAGUAGUCAGUCUUAGGAAGGUGCCAUUUAAUCACAGAAUGGCUUAUCUGGUUGGAUAAAUCUUGCAGGCUUGAGCUGAUAUGCUGUGUAGAGGAAGAUUCGCUGAGCUUGUCGGGAACUUCUUUCCCUUUUCUACAAGGCAGCUCAUUUGAUGGUUGUGUUAUAGCAUAUACCUCUGCAGGGGCAGCAGAGGAAGUAUUUGGUAAUGUUUUUGUAGCACUGCAGUGUUAACAGGUAUGUUAGAGAAGGUUUUGCAUCAUGACGUGUCCCUGUCUGUGAUGGGAGAAUUGGAACUAGAUGAUCUUUAAGGUUCCUUCCAAUCCAAACUAUUCCAUAACAACACUGCAAGAAAUGUCUGCUCUGUUCAGAUUUUGAUUUUGCAAACCAGUCUCCAACCAGUAUAUGAAAAAAAUAUUGACUUCUGUUUUUCUUUAUUUCAGAGCAAGUUAUGUCUGCCUUCUUGGCAUCUCUAUGCCCAUGUGGUUGUGAUAGGUUUGGGGUUUUUUUUAAUGCCCAAGCUGGGAAGCUUUUCCCCUGGGAAUGUGUGCUCUGGCCCAUCAAUUUGUUCACUUCCUCUGAGGACCAGAGUACUUAAGCUUCCAAAGAAAAUGUCCUGGUGUUCAGCAGGAGCACAAUUGUAAUUAGAAGAGUGGUAUAUUUUGGUUACUGAAUAUUAAAGUGAUGAGCACCUCUUGCAAUUUGCAGCCAUUCAGAGAUGAUGAAUUGAAAGCUUCAUUAAUCACAGUUGGUAGAAAAGGUCAGCCAUGGUAAGUCAUAUAGGGAAAUGCAAGGUAUACACAAACUGUGUUGAAGUAUGAUUGCCAUUUCAAAUACUACACACAGCAAGUCUCUUCAUGCAUGUUUUGCCUUAGAGUUUCUGUCUCCUGGAAGAUGGAUUUGACUUCUGGCCAGUAUGCAGAGUGCUUCAUUGUAUUAUGUGUUGGUUUUCCCCUCCACAGAGACUUGUACAUGGGAUAUUCUACUGUUUAUUGUGUUUCAUGCAAGGAAAAAAAAGAAUUGAUGUCAACGACUUGGAAAUAUUUGGUGGAAAAUGUUUCCUCCAGCCUGCAUUGAUAACAGACUUGUUACUCCAAAAUCAUGGGGUUCAUCAGCUCCUCCCUGCCUUACUGUGGGGUUGUCUCAGGCCUGAAAGAAGAGGUUCAAGCAUAUGGUCUGGCUUUCUGUCCCUCACUGCGUGUGCAGAGCUUUGUGGCCAGAUCUGCUGAUUUCUCUCCCUGAUAACUCAUCCUCUUUUGAGGCAGUGAUGAGAACUAGUGGCCCACGCCAGACCUUUUUCCAUCCCAGUUUCCACCCCUUGUAUUGCUGUCCUCUGUGUGAGGACUGAAGGAUUUGAAUUUCAUUCUUGCUGCUCCAGGGUUUCCAGGAGCACAAGAAGCAAAGGCUAAUUUCUGCUUUGGUAGCAAGAGUGUAUGUGGGCAGGUGGGAAAGUCUCUGUUUUUGGCACAUCUGAGUCGAUGUGGAAACUGUGUGUCUAGAAAGGAUAAACUGUAUCUGCAGACUGAGAAGUGGAGAUACUUUUAUCCAAACUGGUGGAAAGCAGUGUUAGCUAGAUGGAUGAGACUUGUGUAAGAUGGGCCACGGUUGUGGGCAGACACCCUUUGCUUAACUUGAGAUGUUUUUCUGCCUUUAGGGGGAGGGAAUACAGAGUUUCAGUGUAAAUUUAGGUUGUUGAUACAAUUCCCAUUCCUCUCCCAGAUGGUUUAUCUUGAGUAAAAGCAGAAAAUUUGACUCUCACCUUUAAAAAUCCAAUAUGAUGACUUAUGAAAAAUAAAAAAGUCAAAACCCAACCUUAUGAAAGACUGAGGUAAUGGGAUUAUAAAAUGUGAAGUGAGUUAUCUAACCCUUGCUUGAAUCAUGAGGCAGGUGGCAAGGAGGGGAAGGGGAAAGAGACAAGUCAGACCUGCUUCAAAAAGUGACAAUAUAGCAGGGUUAUGUUGCUGCUAUUUGCUUCCUUCCCUUGUAUACAGCACCAUGCUCGUUACCUUGGAAACAGCUGCAGGAGCAUAUAGGGGCAUUUUGCUGCUGUGCAGCCGUGGGCAGAGGUGUCCUGUGGUGCAUGGAAAGGAAAAUCUUUCAUGGUGCAGGUUGAUUUGCAAGAUGAGGGCAACAAAGUAAAAACCCAUUGGAAGAUCUCCCUUUCUUGGCUGCCCUGUCUUGCUGCAGAUGAUGGCCCUUACUCAAAGGGAAGCAAGGACUCAGGUGGGAUGGACGCAGCUCUGGUCUCCAGGAGGCAAAGCAUCCCAGAGGAGUUCAGAGGGGUCACAAUUGUGGAGCUGAUUAAGAAAGAAGGAAGCACCCUCGGUUUAACCAUUUCAGGUGGCACAGACAAAGAUGGAAAGCCAAGAGUCUCCAAUCUGAGGCCAGGGGGACUGGCUGCAAGGAGUGACCAGCUGAACGUGGGGGAUUACAUCAAGUCAGUGAAUGGCAUUAACCUGACCAAGCUGCGGCACGACGAGAUCAUCAGCCUGCUGAAGAACGUGGGCGAGAGGGUGGUGCUGGAAGUAGAGUACGAGCUUCCUCCAGCCAUGCCAGAAAGCAGUGCUGGCAUUAUUCCCAAGACCAUUGAAGUGUCCCUCUACAAGGAAGGCAACAGCUUUGGAUUUGUGCUGAGAGGGGGAGCCCAUGAAGACUGGCACAAGUCCAGGCCGCUGGUGCUCACCUACGUGAGGCCAGGCGGCCCUGCAGACAGGGAAGGGUCCUUGAAAAUUGGGGACAGGCUGCUGAGUGUGGAUGGGAUUCCUCUGCACAGCAUGACCCACGCUGAUGCCCUCAGCAUCCUGCGGCAGUGCAGCCAGGAGGCACUUUUCCAGAUCGAGUAUGAUGUGACUAUCAUGGAUACUGUAGCAAAUGCUUCUGGUCCCUUACUAGUUGAAAUAGCAAAGACUCCAGGGUCCACGCUGGGAAUCACGCUGACCACAGCCAUGCACCGGAACAAGCAGGUCAUUGUCAUCGACAAGAUCAAGCCAGCCAGCGUGGUGGACAGAUGUGGUGCAUUGCAUGUUGGUGACCACAUUCUCUCCAUUGAUGGCACGAGCACAGAGCACUGCUCCUUAUUAGAGGCAACUCAGCUUUUAGCUGCCACUUCAGAAAAUGUCAAGCUGGAGAUAUUACCUGUUCACCAAAGCAGGCUGCCUUUGAAGCCUCCAGAAACAGUCAAGGUGCAGAAGAGUGACCACCAUCACUGUUGGGACCCCUGUGUCAACUACUGUCACACCCACCACCCUGGACACUGCAAGACACCCACUUGGACCCAGACAUCUGGACAGGAUUACUGCAAAUCUCUGGUGGCUGCCAACUUCUCGUCUCCCACCAUGAACGCGCAGGGAUUCCCGUGUCAGAACUCCAACACGCUACCUCGCAGCUCCCACCCCAUGAGCCCCCGCACCACCAUGCUGAGGAGGAGGCAGAAGAAGAAGGAGCACAAGAGCUCACUGUCGCUGGCCUCCAGCACGGUGGGUCCUGGCGGGCAGAUAGUCCACACGGAGACGACAGAGGUGGUCCUCAGGGGAGACCCUCUGAAUGGCUUUGGACUUCAGCUCCAGGGAGGCAUCUUUGCUACGGAAACUCUGUCUUCCCCACCUCUCGUCCGUUUUAUUGAGCCUGACAGCCCGGCAGAGAGGUGUGGACUGCUGCAAGUAGGAGACAGAGUCCUUUCCAUCAAUGGCAUCGCGACGGAGGACGGGACCAUGGAGGAGGCCAACCAGCUCCUGCGCGACGCGGCGCUCACCAACAAAGUGGUGCUCGAGAUCGAAUUCGAUGUUGCAGAGUCUGUCAUACCCAGCAGCGGUACUUUCCAUGUUAAAUUGCCCAAGAAAAGAGGUGUAGAGCUUGGAAUUACAAUCAGCUCUGCAAGCAGAAAGCUUGGGGAUCCUUUGAUCAUCUCUGACAUCAAGAAAGGGAGUGUAGCCCACAGAACUGGCACCUUGGAGCCGGGAGACAAGCUGCUAGCCAUUGAUAACAUCCGACUCGACAAUUGCUCAAUGGAGGAUGCUGUGCAGAUUUUAAGGCAGUGUGAAGACCUGGUCAAAUUGAAGAUUAGGAAGGAUGAAGAUAACUCUGACGAGCAGGAGACAACUGGUGCUAUUAUCUACACGGUGGAGCUGAAGCGAUAUGGAGGCCCUUUGGGCAUAACCAUCUCUGGGACAGAGGAACCUUUUGAUCCUAUUGUCAUUUCAGGCUUGACUAAACGAGGGCUGGCAGAGAGAACUGGAGCCAUCCACGUCGGGGACCGGAUCUUAGCGAUCAACAACGUCAGCCUGAAGGGCAAACCGCUGAGCGAGGCCAUUCACCUGCUGCAGAUGGCAGGAGAGACCGUCACCCUCAAGAUCAAGAAGCAGACAGAGAAAUCCUACCCCAAGAAGUCGGGGAGCAUAAAUGAAGUGAGUGACCCAGAAGAUGAGCUGACAGACUCCCAGAAAACUAGCAAGCUGUCUGAGAUAUACUCCACCACAAUUCCAAGUGUGGACAAUACUGUGGAGUCCUGGGAUGGCUCUGCCAUUGAUGCUGGAUAUGGAAGCCAAGGUACAUACAUACCCCAGGCUGCUGGCAUAGCCCUCCAUCCACACGAGUGGAGACACAGCAGGCAGAAGAGCAGCACCCCUCCAGCAGACCCCAGGAAAAACUACCCCUACAUGGAUGGAAGCUUCAGUGAAGAUGACUGGGACAAGCCCGGCAGAUACCCCAACCGCCAAAAUGGCCUUGAGACCACUCAUGAGGACAAUUUUUGGCGUGUUUUUGGAGAAGCUUUGGAGGAUUUGGAAACAUGCGGCCAGUCUGAACUUUUGAGGGAGAUUGAGGCAUCCAUCAUGACAGGGAGUGUGCACAACCUGGGCUUGGAGGGCAGCAAGCUGCUCCUGGACUCUGUCAACCCCUCGGGAAUGAGCCCACUGAGGAAAGCCAACUCCAGCUGCACCGACGGACAGACUGAGGGCAGCAGCUCCCCUGCAAAGAGGAAUGAGAGGAACCUGGACAUGAAGAAGAUGGAGAAGGAGAUGCAGGAAAUUAUGUCCCCAACCCCCCUUGAGUUUCACAAGAUGACACUCCACAAAGACCCAGAGAGCGAAGACUUUGGAUUCAGUUUGUCGGAUGGCCUGUUAGAAAAAGGUGUCUAUGUAAAUAUGGUCCGUCCGGAUGGGCCAGCAGAUCAGUGUGGCCUCAAGCCAUAUGACAGAGUGCUUCAGGUAAACCGCAUCCGAACGAGAGACUUUGACUGCUGUCUGGCCGUUCCCUUGAUUUCAGAGGCUGGAGAUAAGCUGGACCUGGUGAUUAGCCGGAACCCCUUGGCCCUGGCUGCCAAUGCUCCCUCGGAGGGGAACAGAGAGCUCUCAGCACAGGUGCCCCGCAGCGCCGAGGUCAAGGCGAGUGUCCAGACACUCUGAGCAGCAGGAGCAGAGCAGAUGAUGCCUCUGCCGAGCUCUUGUGGUAUUUGGGGUGUUAUUCCUGGUUUUUUGCACUGGUAUUUGUAAAUGCUCUGUGUACCAUAACCUGCAAGUGGGGAGGUGGGUCUCCAGUGAGCCUGUAGACCGCCAAAUAUUGCUGGGAAGGUCAGAGCUGUGUGUGCGUCUGGGGCUGUGGCAGCGAUGGCAGCAGGACAAACUGCCGAGAGGAGGAAGGACCAUCCACAGCCAUCCCCCGUGGCAGGGCAUCCCCCUGUGCUUCUGCCAUCGAGUGUGCAGGCUCCUGCCUCUGACAUCCUCCUCACCCUGAAAGGCCUUGGCCAUCCUACAAACACACAUGGUGCUAUUAUGUUCUUUGUUUGCUCAGUUAAUCACAUACAGCAAGACUGAAAUGCCUUUCCUUUUAUGUUGUGCCCAGCUCCAUCCUUUCAACACUCCUGGCAAAUCAAUUCCUGCAGCCCCUUGCACUCCCAGUGCAGGGCUGUGGAGAGAGCCAGUUGAAAGACACUUCAAAAUGUGCUUGAGAGUGGCUAAAUGCAAUUCUUGUGCAGAAACUGGUAUUUGCAGCUGUCUCCUGCCAGCCCUAUCCACAUUCUCCCCUAGGUUUGGCUCACCCCGUAGUGGGAUUAGGCACCUUGUGUGGCUGAUUCCAAUGAGCAAUGUUCAAUGUUACCUGUGCUCAGUAGUGACUACAGAGGCCAUACCCAAGGCUAAAGGCCUCGAGUACCUGCCUGAAUCCCCCUUGUUUGUCUGAGCUUUACAGAGAUUUCUUCUUGCAAACCUGGCCUGUGCCUGGAAGUAAAAUGGCAGAAUAGUGAAAUUCCUGGGGCUGCCCCUGGUGUUUUGGAUCAAUGAAACCUUGCUGUCUCCCCUGAGGCAGAGGAUUGACAAGCCUUUGGUUGGGUGGGGGUUGUGUCCUGUGUCCCUAUGGGCUGGGUGGUGUGUGCCCCCUUGCCUGUUGCUGCCCUCUUGAAGCUCUGUGGCUGUCCCCCUCCUGCCCGAGAGCCCCUGCCCCUCGGGCAGAGGGGCUGUGGCAGAGGGGCUGUGACAUUUUCUGCCCUGUUUCCCACAUUAGCACUUUAUGAUGAUGUCCCUGUCCUGGUGGCAGUGUGCAGCUUUGCUUUCCCUGGGAAGGCCUGGGCCGUGGAGUCCAAGAGCUCCCUCCAUCAGACACUCCAGAGCCCACUGCCCCGUUGGCUGCUUGCCCUCCCAGUUCCCCCGUCCCCUGCAUGCAGGAGGGAGUUGGGUGGGUGUACAGCACGUGUGUGUCACUUUGCUGAGCCAGGACUUGUCCCCGCACUGUCUGUCCCCUCCAGCCCUUGUGACAGCACAAAGGUAUCUGGGUGUUCCUUCCAGGCACGGCCCCAUCCAGCUCUUUGUCCUUGUAGCCAUUUUCUCUUUGAGUAUGCAAUAUCCCAUACCAUUGCUGCCACAGCUAGAUAACGUGCCAUAAUUGAUACUGUGGAGCAUUGACAGUGCAGCCGAAAGUGUUUUUAUAUGCAAUAUUCUGAGCAGUGGAAGCUCACUGGGGCUUCUCAUAGGUUUUUAAUGAAGACUUUUAUUAAAGGCUUUAAAAAAAAAAAAAAAAGGAGGAAGAAGAAAAACUUGGUCCUUGUAUCCCUUCCUAUGCAUUUUGAAUGAUAUGAAGAUGAAAUGCAUUACUUAAAUGUGUAUUUUUAUCCAUAUAUUAGAGUGUAUUCCUUGUAAAGUAUUUUUAUAUGCUAAUUUUCUUAUGUAUCUAUGAAAGCACAAUAUUUAAAAGUACAGCAUUUCAAAGAAUAUUUUAGUCCUGUUUUGGACCUAUUUGUAAAUCUCUGUAUUUAAAUGGGAUUGGAAUGACUUUGACUUUUUUUAAAAUUAAAUAAAAGCAAAUGAAAUGCA